AUGGGUAUUCUGGAGAAAAUUGCAGAAAUCGAACAUGAAAUUUCAAGAACCCAAAAGAAUAAAGCCACUGAAUACCAUUUGGGUCUUCUAAAAGCAAAGUUGGCAAAAUAUCGUCAACAAUUGUUAGAACCAACAGGCAAAGGAGGUGCCAAAGGAGAAGGAUUCGAUGUAAUGAAAAGUGGAGAUGCGAGAGUUGCAAUGGUUGGAUUUCCUUCCGUCGGAAAAUCGACUCUAUUGUCCUCAAUGACUUCCACUCACUCAGAAGCUGCUGGAUAUGAAUUCACAACUCUUACGUGCAUUCCUGGUGUCAUCUCUUACAACGGAGCCAAUAUUCAAUUGCUCGAUCUUCCUGGAAUCAUUGAAGGAGCUUCUCAGGGAAAAGGAAGAGGAAGACAGGUUAUCUCAGUUGCAAAAACUGCAGAUUUAAUUCUUAUGAUGCUUGAUGCAGGAAAGAGUGACCAACAGAAGAUGCUUUUGGAGCGAGAAUUAGAAGCUGUUGGUAUUCGAUUAAACAAAAAGCCACCAAAUAUCUAUGUCAAACAAAAGAAAGUUGGAGGCGUGAAAUUCACAAAUACUGUUCCGUUAACUCAUUGUAAUGAGAAAUUGAUUAUGACAGUAUUGCACGAGUACAAGAUUUUCAAUGCUGACGUUAUUUUCCGCGAGGAUUGCACAGUCGAUGAGUUUAUUGAUGUAAUUCAAGGAAAUCGUGUAUACAUGACGUGCCUCUAUGUCUACAAUAAAGUCGAUCAAAUUUCGAUUGAAGAAAUUGAUCGAUUAGCUAGAAUGCCUCAUCACGUCGUUAUUUCAUGUGAAAUGAACCUCAAUAUGGACUACCUUUUAGAGAAAAUGUGGGAAUAUUUGGCAUUAGUGAGAGUCUACACGAAGAAACCUGGAAACGCACCAGAUCUUGGACCCGAAGACGGUAUCAUUCUCCGUGGUGGAGCCACUAUCGAACAUUGUUGCCACGCCCUUCAUCGUUCAAUUGCUGCUCAACUCCGGUAUGCCAUCGUCUGGGGAACAUCGACGAAAUUCUCUCCGCAACGUGUCGGUCUUCAUCAUAAACUCGACCAUGAAGAUGUGAUUCAGAUUGUGAAGAAAUAAUUUUGUUACUACUGUUUAGUUUUUUAAUUAUUGUCUUCAUAAUUAUUGCAAAUUUCCGUUCUUUUUUUCUUGUUGAUUUUUCCCAGCUGGCACCAUGCGGUGAUAAAUUUUUAUGUGUUUC